UCCUAAAAGGGUGCCACAAUACAUUAUUACAUGCAUAAUAAUAUUUUAGUCUAUUACUACGUGUUGUGUUUCUUGCAUAAUAACAUUUCAACCACAUUUGGAACUUCAUAGUUGAGACUUAAGAUGGGAGAAACUGCACAAAGGUAUGCCGUGGUGACUGGAGCAAACAAAGGAAUUGGGUUUGAGAUUGUAAGGCAAUUAGCUUCAGCUGGAAUCAAAGUGGUGGUUACAGCAAGAGAUGAGAAAAGAGGUCUUCAUGCAUUGGAAACACUCAAAGCUUCUGGUCUUUCUGACUUUGUUGUUUUUCAUCAACUAGAUGUGGCUGAUGCUGCAAGUGUAGCCUCUCUUGCACAUUUUGUCAAAUCCCAAUUUGGCAAACUUGACAUUCUGGUUAACAAUGCAGGAAUUGGUGGAAUUAUAAUUCAUGACUUAAAGUUAUUUAAUCAAGCUAUCCUCAACCGUGGGGUAUUAUCUGAAGAUGAUAGGAGAAAGGCAGUGACUCAAACAUAUGAGUUAGCUAAAGAAUGUUUGCAAACAAAUUAUUAUGGUGCUAAAAUAACUUCUGAAUCACUUCUUCCCCUGCUUCAGUUAUCUGAUUCACCAAGAAUUGUGAAUGUAUCAUCCUAUUUGGGGCAGUUAGAGAGUAUACCAAAUGGCUGGCUAAAAAGCUUCUUCAGUGAUGCUGAUAACCUAACAGAAGCGAAAGUGGAUGAAGUAUUGAAGAAAUUUCUGAAAGAUUUCAAAGAAGGUUUAUUAGAUCAAGACAAUGGCUGGCCUAAGACUUUUAGUGCUUAUAUCAUUUCUAAAGCUUCUAUGAAUGCAUAUACAAGAAUUCUUGCUAAGAAUUUUCCUACUUUAUGCAUCAAUAGUAUUUGCCCUGGUUACGUCAUAACAGAUAUGACUGCCAAUACCGGAUUAUUUACGGCUGAAGAAGGUGCUACUAGUGUUGUGAGACUAGCACUACUUCCUAAUGGUUGUCCAUCCGGCGUCUUCUUUUUCCGGAACGAAGUGUCUUCCUUUUGAUUAGUACUAACAUUGUAUUGAUUAAGGAUAAACUGUGCUGCUUUUUCUUGUCAGUUAUGACUCUAUAUUGGUUGUCAAUACUAAGUUUCCAUUUAGUUCAACUGCGAAUUUCGCAUGUUAAUUCAAAAUCAUGAUGGAAGUUUGAUUUUGUAGCUUCUGUGAAAUAAUGGGAGAAGCAUGAUUGGAUGUUAGUUUGGAGCCUUUGACACAAUCAAAUAGAUGCAAAUAAUGUUAUUGUUGUUGUUGUGAUAUUACCUAUUCUUGAUGUAAUAACAAGACUCAGUGUAAAAUGUAUAAUAUUGUAUGUCAGUGACCAAGGCAAGAGGGAACUUCAUCUGUUUCUCAAUACGAUAAAUAUUUAUGGUUUUUCAAAGGGACCAAACCGAGACACCAAAAAACGUAA